CGACGCGACCGUCACGAUUCGCGGCAUCACGAGCGUUGCGUGUAUUGCGGAUUGCGGGUUUGGUUAUAAAUCCCGCCAUCUCCGUAUCUGUGGUCGCACAAGUUUAUCCGCGAUCGUCAAUGUUCGUUACUCCGUCGGCGGUCGAAUUCGCGAGGUAAACCGAUUUGCGUACCGGCACUAUAAAUCACACGAGAAAACCGAGUGGGAAGAUGUGAUAACGCUGCGGCGAUCUGCGUGUCUUCUGAAUGUUUUGUUCCUUCGCCCGCUUACAACGCAGGCGUUGAUUAUAUUUUCGUAUUAGAGAGAGAGAGCUCCUGUAACCGCGUGCGUGAGUAAAAAUCCAAACGCCAAACCAUGGCAAACGUGUCUCUCGACAAAGAUAUGUUUUUCCGGCGUAUGAAGCGCCUGUACGCCGCGUGGAAGGAUGGAGAAGUCGGUACCGAUGACAGUUUCAGCAAAAUGGAUUGUCUCAUUUCUGCUGUUGGCACUGAUGAAGAUAUUGUUUACAGCAAAUCCAUAGCAUUGCAGACAUGGCUCCUCAGUUACGAACUUACAGAUACUAUAAUGAUAUUGGCAGAAGAAUCUAUUAAUUUCUUGGCCAGUAAAAAGAAAAUCGAAUUUCUAAGAAAAGUGGAAAAUCAGAAUACUGAAGAUACAGGAGUACCACCUGUGAAAUUAUUUGUGAGGGAUAGAGUUGAUGAAGAUAAAGGAAAUUUUGCAAAACUUAUUGAAGUGAUGAAACAAAGUAAAAAAGGCAAAACUUUGGGAGUGUUUUCAAAAGAAAAUUAUCCAGGUGCUUUUAUGGAUGCAUGGAGGGCCACUUUAAAAAAUGAAUCUUUUGAUACGGUUGAUGUAAGUGCUGCCGCUGCUUAUGUCAUGUGCCCAAAAGAAGAUAGUGAAAUAAUUACUAUAAAGAAAGCUUGUCUAAUAUCUGUGGAUGUUUUUACCAAGUACCUUAAAGAUCAAAUAAUGGAAAUCAUAGAUUCGGAUAAGAAAGUUAAACAUUCAAAAUUGGCAGAAGGUGUAGAUACAGCUAUUACAAAUAAGAAAUAUGUAACUGGAGUAGAUAUUACACAGGUAGAUAUGUGUUAUCCUGCGAUUAUACAAAGUGGUGGAAAUUAUUCGCUUAAAUUUAGUGCUGUUAGCGAUAAAAACACUACUCUUCACUUUGGUGUUAUUGUUUGUUCAUUGGGCGCACGUUACAAAUCUUACUGUUCAAAUAUAGUGAGAACUCUGUUGGUUAAUCCCACAAAAAUAAUCGAGGAAAAUUACAAUUUCUUGUUACAACUAGAAGAAGAGAUCUUGAAAAAAUUAACUGCAGGAACAAAAAUAAGUGAAGUAUAUGAGACUGGUAUCAAGUUUGUGAAAGAUGAAAAACCAGAAAUGUUAAAUCAUUUAACUAAGAAUUUUGGAUUUGCUAUGGGUAUUGAAUUUAAAGAAAGUUCUUUGCUAUUGGGUCCGAAAAUUCAUGCAAUAACUAAAAAGGGCAUGGUAUUUAAUGUUAAUGUUGGUCUUGCAAACCUUACCAAUCCAGACGCAACAGACAAGGAAGGGAAAACAUAUGCCCUUUUCAUAGGCGAUACAGUUAUAGUGAAUGAGGGACAACCUGCUACUAUUUUGACUCCUUCGAAGAAAAAAGUAAAAAAUAUAGGUAUAUAUGUGAAAGAUGAUGAAGAUGAAGAAGAAGAGGGCAGUGGAAAAGAGAAUGAACCAAAGCCGGAAAUCUUGGGACGUGGAAAAAGAACAGCUGUGAUAGAAUCAAAGUUGAGAACAGAGCAUAGCUCAGAGGAAAAAAGAAAACAACAUCAAAAGGAAUUGGCUCAACAAUUGAAUGAAGUUGCUAAAGCUCGGUUGGCCCAACAGUCUGGUGGUAAAGAACAGGAGAAGAUACGUAAAUCAACAGUAUCUUAUAAAAGCUUGAGUCACAUGCCACGCGAACCAGAAGUCAAAGAAUUAAAAUUGUAUGUGGAUAAGAAGUAUGAAACUGUGAUUUUACCUAUCGCUGGUAUUCCGGUACCUUUCCACAUAUCAACAAUUAAGAACAUUUCACAAUCAGUAGAAGGAGAUUAUACGUAUCUUAGAAUAAACUUUUUUCAUCCGGGUGCAACGAUGGGACGAAAUGAAGGUGGAUCUUACCCUCAGCCUGAUGCAACGUUUGUUAAGGAAGUAACAUAUCGAAGCACAAAUACCAAAGAGCCUGGCGAGAUUUCCGCACCAUCGUCAAACUUAAAUACAGCCUUUAGACUAAUUAAAGAAGUCCAGAAGAAAUUCAAAAAUCGGGAAGCGGAAGAGAGAGAAAAAGAAGACCUUGUAAAACAAGAUACCUUAAUAUUAUCGCAGAAUAAAGGCAAUCCAAAAUUAAAAGACUUAUAUAUUCGCCCAAAUAUUGUUACAAAAAGAAUGACUGGCGGUUUAGAAGCGCACACAAAUGGAUUCCGUUAUACUUCAGUUCGUGGGGAUAAAGUGGAUAUUCUUUAUAAUAACAUUAAGAAUGCUUUCUUUCAACCGUGUGAUGGUGAAAUGAUUAUAUUGCUUCAUUUUCAUUUAAAACAUGCUAUUAUGUUUGGUAAAAAGAAACAUGUAGACGUACAGUUCUAUACCGAAGUUGGAGAAAUUACUACAGAUUUAGGUAAACAUCAGCAUAUGCAUGAUCGAGAUGAUCUUGCAGCUGAACAGUCGGAACGAGAACUAAGACAUAAAUUAAAAACUGCUUUUAAAAGCUUUUGUGAAAAGGUUGAAGGAAUGACAAAACAAGAGAUAGAAUUUGAUACACCAUUUCGAGAUUUGGGAUUUCCUGGUGCACCAUAUAGGAGUACUGUUUUGCUUCAACCAACUAGUGGAUGUUUGGUUAAUUUAACAGAAUGGCCUCCAUUUGUCAUUACCUUGGAAGAUGUUGAAUUGGUCCACUUCGAAAGAGUACAAUUUCAUCUAAAGAACUUUGACAUGAUUUUUGUCUUCAAAGAUUAUCAUAGAAAAGUAGCGAUGGUAAAUGCUAUUCCUAUGAAUAUGCUAGAUCAUGUCAAAGAAUGGUUAAAUUCAUGUGACAUUCGGUACUCUGAAGGUGUUCAAUCUUUAAAUUGGACGAAGAUUAUGAAGACUAUAACAGAUGAUCCUGAAGGCUUCUUUGAAAGUGGAGGAUGGACUUUCUUGGAUCCAGAAAGUGAUGCUGAAAACGAGGAAGUUGAAGAUGAAGAAGAGGAAGAAGAUGAUGCUUAUGAGCCAUCUGAUAUGGAUAGUGAAGAAGAAUCUGACGAUGAUUCUGAAUAUUCGGAAGCUUCUGAAGAUACUGAUAGCGAAGAAGAAGAAUUAGGUAGCUCUGAGGAAUCAGGAAAAGAUUGGUCGGAUUUAGAAAGAGAAGCGGCCGAAGAGGAUAAAGAGAGAGGAGACGAUCGUUAUCGUGACGAUUAUAGCUCCAGUAAAAAGAAGAAAGCAAACCGAAGACAAUCUCCAUCUUCUUCGAAAGAUAGGCAUAAUUCCAAACACAAAAGUUCUUCAAACUCGAAAAGCAAAAACUCGUCCAGUAAAGAUAAACGAUCAUCGGACAAACACAGAACGGAUCGAUCACGGAGUGGGGGUUCACACAAGAAAGGGUCUCCUUCCAAAUCAUCCAAACACAGUCCUAAAAAGAGUGAUAAGCACGAUAAACAUGAUAAGAGUAAAUCGUCGCAUUCUUCGUCUAACAGUAAGAAACGCUCUCGUGAGGAAAGUUCAGAGAGAAGUAAUAGAGGAUCUAAAAGAUCUAAGAAGUAAAUAUGGACAAGAUCUGCACAUUGAAAAAAGGACACACAAAAAAUUAUAACAAAUACCACAUUAAUUCCAAGUAAAGCUUUUUUAAGAUAUAGCGAACAGCUAAUUUGUAGAAAUAGUACAUUUUCUUGCAUUGAAUCAGCAGAGAGGAAGUGAUUCAAUUGAAAUUAUUUUUUGAAUUAUAAUUCUUUUGCCGUUCGAGUAUUUUACUUUCGUACAUAUUAGUUUAUUGUAGUAUAAUACAGAAACUUCACAUAUAACAGCGAUAAUUAACAUCCUUUGUAAUCUAUCUUUCUAUUAAAUAUUUCUAUAUUUGAAAUUUUUAAUGUACAUAACAAUCAAAUUUUGUACGAAGUCAAAAUAUGUAGGAAUAUAUGCGUGUUACUAUUUUUGUUUAGUAUUUUUUCAAUUAAUUGUCAAAAAAAACAUGGUUUCUCCUUUUUUUUAUCUAUAUUUGUGUUUUCUAUUGUUAUCUAUAUGUUUUUGAUAUUAAUGUAGUUUCUAAGAUUAAAUAUCUCAUUCCAUUUAUUAUCUGAUAACCGCACAUGCAUAUACAUCUCUUAAGUUUUCCGUAACACAUGAGAUGUUAAAAUAAAUGAUUUAAUGAGGUAAAUUUAGAGUACUUCCUUUUCUCAAGAAAUGUUAGAAAAUCAUCUUAUGUAUAGUUUGUCGUGAUAUUUUCGAAUCGAUGAGAGAUACUCAAAUUUAUUAUACUGAUAAGAAAUAUAAUAUAGAAUUGCAUUAAUAUAAAUAUAUCUGAUAAAAUUAAUUAUAAUAAAAAAAAUAAUAUAAAUGCAAGAUAAUGUACUAACAAUAAUCGCGAUUCAUCACGGUACAUGGGCUCUGAUAAUUUUUUUCUUGGAGCUUAUUAAAAAAAUUUGAAAUUUUUAGCUACUUUGAAGUGUCAUUGGAUUUAUAUACUUAAUGUUAUUUGAAGAAAUAACACAUCUUGACUUGUUAUAUGCUUUAAUUAUUCAGAAAAAUGGAGGUAUAUUUAUGAUUUCAUUGCGCCCAUGCAUUAUAUAUACGUUAAAAAACAAAAGAAUUGUUGAUUCGAAAAGUGAGAAAGGCCGAAACGAAUUGAAACUUAUUCACAACUCAUUUACAUAGUUCUCAGAUUUGUACCUUAACAUAAUAAAACUGUUUUUAAGUUAUUUAACAUUAA